UCACAGGGGACUCAGGGGUGUCCUGCCUCCUUCCAGGCAGUCAUUGGUUAGACCCAGGAUGGGUCUGAGAUUUCUGUGAAUGCGCAGCUUGGGGGUGAGGGGGCAGGUGGCCAGUCUGCCCCUUCUCAGGCCACUGCCUCUGGGUCCUUCAGUUCCUGGGAGGUUCUCCCAGGUCUCCUGCACCCAGACCCAUGGCAACUGCCCUGAACUUGUGGCCCAGCCCUUGGGCCCCUGGAGGAGGGGCUCUGUGUUUAGCCUCCACCCCCUCACCAGUCUGUAGGUCAUUUUCUGGGGCUGAGUCCUGAGGGCCUCCCAGCUGAAGUUCAUUUGCAUGUUCCUCAGGUCCCUUCCAGCCGACUGUGGGCUGUUGAGAGGCUGUCUGGAAUGGAGACUCGGGUAUAUCCCACCCAGAGCUUCACUUUCAUCCACCCCCUACCUUUGUCCACCAAUGCCAGCCUUGUCUCAGAGGGCUGAGAUUCAAGCAGAUAGCAUGGCCAACUUGGGCAGGAGGAGACGGUCACCAGAUUGACUGUCAGCUCCUUGAAGAAGGUCCCUGAUUCCUCAGGGCAGGUGAGCCCAAAAGGGAAAUAGGGAUGUUUCCAGGGAGAGAAGGUGGAUGCAGAGCCUACAGGGCCUGGGCAGGGUGGGAGGGCUGGAGAAGCCUCUGGGGGCUGUGGCCGAUGCUUUUGUGAAUUUCUGGAUGUUUACCUGUUGGACUUGAAUUCAGAAAGCAUCAGAUGCUGCAGGGACACCCGUAGGCACGGUGAGCAUGCUUCUCGUGGGGCAGGAACCCAUACGGGGGCAGGCUCAGGCUGUCAGGGGACAGGGCAUUGCAUGCGGCACAGGGAUGUGUGCCAGACCCUGAGAGAGAUGUGGGUGGCUCCAUCACUGCUGUGCUUUAGAAAGAGCCCCCAGUGGCUCAGGCAAGGGAACAGCAAGUGCAAAGGCCUGGAAUGAGCUGAGGGGAGUCUGAGGAGGCCUGGGAUGGGGGGCUGGUGAGUGGGUGAGUGGGAUGCAGGCUGGAGCAGGGUUGAGAAUGCAUCCCUUUCGGGUUCCCACAACCCCACUCCUGAAUCCCCUGUGGAUACAGCAGGGUGGUCCCCAGGCCUCUACUUCCCACCUAUUACAGACCUGUGCACUGUCACCAUGGCUAGGCCUUCUUCAGGGUGUCCCCGACAGCCUGGGCUAAAGAACAGGCUCUCGAGAGGAGGGAACAGGAGUCCCAUCUGCUGACCCCUGGCCAUCACCUGGCUGUGCUCAGCCUCACCACCAUCACUGCCCCAGGACACUACCCCCUGCCCAAGCAGCUGUCCGCUCAUUUAUUCAUUCAGCUCAGCUAUUUUCUGGGUACCGCAGAAGAAACAAAACAGAUCAGCUGCCCUCAGGCAGUGAUGAGCAAUCAGAUGUUCCUGACCUGGUCCAAAGCUCAGGGCCAGGAAUAAAACAGAUGGGGGGCUGGGAGAGAGAUGGGGGGAAGCUGCUGCCCCCAGGAGCCCCUGGGCUGGGGAGGACAGAGCCAGACUCAGUCACCCAGGUGACAGGGUGGGGACAGGGUGAGGCUGAGGUAGUGAGGCUGCCUGGAAAAGGAGGAGGUAAGGGCUCCCCACCUUCCAGUCCCCACGGCUCCUCUGAGCUGCCAUUAACAUUGAAUGAAUGUUGCCCAAGGCCAUCCUCAGUGCCAGGGGAAAGGGACACUAUUUGCGGGACCCCCAAAAUAGUCUCCUGCUGUUCUGCCAUCCUGGCAUUGGUUUGGGGAGUUAGGACUGGGGGAGGGGGCUAAGUCUGAGUGGGCUCUCUCCUUCCAAAGAAGAUUACCUUUGCCCCAGCAGGCACCCCCCUCCACCCCUGGAAGCCCCCAUACCCAACUCCGAGGCAUCUUCUACUUGCCAACAUCCUGCUUCCCACCCCAAGACUCCCCCACACGGAGAGGACUUUGAUGAGGUCAUUUCAGGAGGGAGAUGUCCAGUCACUUUGCAAAGUUGUCCCCUCAGCAAGUGCGUGGUGUGAUCAGCCCCCAGGCGCGCAAAUGUUGAGAGGUGGCUGGAGUUUGGGGACCUGAUUUUGAUAAAGGAGUGGUUAGUUCUCAAAGGCUUUCGAGGUCGGGAGUUUUCGCUUCGCUAAGGUCCUCUCCACGGCGCGGGGCAAGGGUGAGUUUGAGGAGCAGCAGCUCGCUGGGGAGCGAAGGGGGAAGCGGGGAAAUGAGGGAUCUUUAAAUAGAGGCGGGGCUUGCGGGGUCGCCGGGGGCGGUGCCAACCCGGGAUCGGCCAAUCGGCUGCGCCGCCGGCGUCGCACCGCCCCCUCCUCUCCCUGCCCGGGCGGGCGCUCGACCCCCGGCCGGGCCCGUGGGCAGGGCGGCGGGGGAUGCGCACGCUGCCACCGCCCCCGGCCCCACCGCCCCGGGGCCUCGCGCCCGCCCGCUGCUGGCCGCCCCGCCCGCGACCCCGUCCCCGGCCCCUGCCUGGGGGUCCGCGGCCGCGCGGGACCCUCUCCCCUCCAGCCUCGUCCGCCUGCCCAAGACGAGUCCCGCAGGUCAGCGCGGGAGCCCAGUUGCUGAGCCAUGCCGGGCCCCGGGCGGCCGGCAGCAAGCCCAACCCCAGCACCCACAUAGUCAUGAACAGCCACAGACACAAUGGCUUCGGGGGACGGCCACUGGGUGGCGGGCUGGGUGCCCUGGGCCGAGACCCUCCGGACCCCGAGGCCGGCCACCCGCCUCAGCCUCCAAAUGGCCCAGGCAUCCAGGUGGUGGUAGCCAAGAGUGAGCCGGCCCAGCCCUCGCCCGGCAGCCCCCGGGGGCAGCCCCAGGACCAGGAAGAAGAGGAAGAUGAGGAGGAGGAUGAGGCGGGUAGGCAGAGGGGCUCGGGAAAGCCCCCCAGCGUGGGCCACCGUCUGGGCCACCGGCGGGCGCUCUUUGAGAAGCGGAAGCGUCUCAGUGACUACGCUCUCAUCUUCGGCAUGUUCGGCAUUGUUGUCAUGGUGACAGAGACGGAGCUGUCCUGGGGGGUCUACAGCAAGGAGUCCCUGUACUCAUUUGCACUCAAAUGCCUCAUCAGCCUCUCCACCAUCAUCCUGCUGGGCCUGGUCGUCCUCUACCACGCCCGGGAGAUCCAGCUGUUCAUGGUGGACAACGGGGCAGACGACUGGCGCAUCGCCAUGACGUGCGAGCGCGUCUUCCUCAUCUCCCUGGAGCUGGCCGUGUGCGCCAUCCACCCGGUGCCCGGCCACUACCGCUUCACGUGGACAGCGCGGCUAGCCUUCACGUACGCGCCGGCAGCGGCCGAGGCCGACGUGGACGUGCUGCUGUCUGUGCCCAUGUUCCUGCGUCUCUACCUGCUGGGCCGCGUCAUGUUGCUGCACAGCAGGAUCUUCACGGACGCCUCCAGCCGCAGCAUCGGCGCCCUCAACAAGAUCACCUUCAACACGCGCUUCGUCAUGAAGACGCUCAUGACCAUCUGCCCGGGCACCGUGCUCCUUGUCUUCAGCAUCUCCUCCUGGAUCAUCGCCGCCUGGACCGUGCGGGUCUGUGAGAGGUAUCACGACAAGCAGGAAGUGACCAGCAACUUCCUGGGGGCCAUGUGGCUCAUCUCCAUCACCUUCCUCUCCAUCGGCUACGGCGACAUGGUGCCCCACACUUACUGCGGGAAGGGCGUGUGCCUGCUCACUGGCAUCAUGGGGGCUGGCUGCACGGCGCUCGUGGUGGCCGUGGUGGCCCGGAAGCUGGAGCUCACCAAGGCGGAGAAACACGUGCACAACUUCAUGAUGGACACUCAGCUCACCAAGCGGGUAAAAAACGCCGCUGCUAACGUUCUCAGGGAGACGUGGCUCAUCUACAAACACACCAGGCUGGUGAAAAAGCCAGACCACGCCCAGGUUCGGAAACACCAGCGUAAGUUCCUCCAAGCCAUCCAUCAGCUCCGGAGUGUGAAGAUUGAGCAAGGGAAGCUGAAUGACCAGACCAACACGCUCGCAGACCUGGCCAAGACCCAGAAUGUCAUGUACAACCUCAUGUCCGAGCUGCACGCCCAGCACGAGGAGCUUGAGGCCCGCCUGGCUGCCCUUGAAAGCCGCCUGGAUGCAUUGGGCGUCUCCCUGCAGGCCCUGCCGGGCCUCAUCGCCCAAGCCAUACGCCUGCCUCCACCACCCCUGCCUCCCCGGCCUGGCUCCGGCCCACUGGACCCGGUGGCUCGGAGUCCCCCACACCGGCGGCCACCCACGGCCCCUUCAGACUGCGGGUGACGGCUCUGCCUGCCACCAGACUCCUCAAUCUUGGCCAUCGUGUGGCCGCCACCUCCACGCCAGCCAAGAAGCCCUGUACAGUGGCGCCUCUUGGAGUUCAAGGAGCUGAAACCGAGUUGGGCUGAUUGGACUGGGGCCCGCCAGACUGUCCGGGCAGAGGGCAGGGCCAUACGGCAGGCAAGGGCAGGGGCGGGCCACCACUGGCUUCCUCCCUGAUUGGAGCUGGGAGAGCCUGGAGCUUCCUCUGGUCCUCUGCCGCCCCCAACCCCCGGCUCUCCCCAGGCUCCCGGUGGGUGCGGAGCAGCCAGGAGAGGGGUCCUUGCCAGUUCCAAAUAAAGCAGGACCCACCCA